AACCUUUUCAUUUCGGCUGAUUGUCACUACUUUAGCUUAACUAAUUUCAUUUGUAUAUCUUUCGCCACCGUGUCUCUUUACUAAUGCCAAACGUGUACACUACUAACAUUCUCAUUUGCCAGGCGGAAGAGUUGCGCCGCAAAAAGGAAGCACAAUUACGACAGUACGUCUUCUUUCAGUUGCGCAUACAUCUGAAGAGCGGCAGCGAUUUGAUGGCCAUGGACAAGAAUGGACUUAGUGAUCCUUAUGUAAAAUUCAAAGUUGGCGGUCGACUGCUGCAUAAAUCGCGCACCAUUCAUCGGGACCUGAAUCCGGUGUGGGAUGAAGUGUUCAUUGUGCCCAUCGAAGAUCCCUUUCUGCCCAUUAAUGUGAAGGUAUUCGAUUACGAUUGGGGAUUGCAGGAUGAUUUUAUGGGUUCAGCGCAAAUCGAUUUAACCCAACUGGAAUUGGGUAAAGCAGAAGAUGUCAGUCUGCCAUUGCAUGACAUAAAUCACCCAGAGCGACAAAUGGGUGAAAUACUCAUAAAUCUAACACUUUGGCCGCGCAGUCAAGAGGAUAAAGAAAUG